AACACACAAUCGAGUAUCCAAAUCCUACAUCUCUCCUUACUCUCUCUCUCUCUCUCUCUCUCUCUCUCUCUCUCAUGGAGGGGAACGAAAGCGGCCUGAGCUCAUACUACCUCCAUCACCAGCAGCAGCAUCUUCCCCACCACCACAGCGCCACGACCACCACAAGCACCCCGACUUCCGCCUCCACCAACGGAAUAUUUGCCAACCCACAUCACCCAAACGCGUCGUCCGGCCACUACUCGUCGUCUGAGGGUGGGACUCCCUUCGUUUUCCCUCCACAUUCGGUGACCGGAAGAGCCCCCCUUGCUGCUUCCGCUCCACCCGAGACAGUUCGCCGGAAGAGAGGUAGACCGAGGAAGUACGGUACGUCCGAGGCACCUGCGAAUGCCACGGCCUCAUCCUCUGUGUCUUCUGCAAAGAAAGUUACUUCACCUUCGUCGUUUCUUCUGUCAAAGAAGGAGCAGUCGUCGGGUUCUUCUUCGUUGUCUUCUAAGAAAGCCCAGUUGGCUGCGCUUGGGAAUGCAGGGCAAGGUUUUACUCCGCAUGUCAUUACUGUAGCUGCUGGAGAAGACGUGGCCCAGAAGAUCAUGUCAUUCAUGCAACAACACAGGCGUGCCAUCUGCAUUCUUUCGGCAUCUGGUUCAAUUUCUAAUGCAUCUCUCCGCCAGCCAGCUACAUUGGGGGGCAAUGUGACAUAUGAGGGACGUUUUGAGAUCCUUUCUCUUUCUGGGUCUUUUCUGCACAGUGAAAUUGGGGGAGCGUCCUCAAGAACUGGUGGACUCAGUGUAUGUCUGUCUGGUACAGAUGGUCGCAUUGUUGGAGGUGGAGUAGGGGGUCCCCUAAAGGCUGCGGGACCAGUGCAGGUAAUCUUGGGAUCCUUUGUGCUUGACACCAAGAAGGAUGCUAGUGCUGGUAUAAAUGUUGAUGUUUCUGCUAGCAAGUUGUCAUCACCACUAGUUGGGACAGCAAUUUCUAGCAUAGGCUUUCGCUCAGGACCAGACCCAUCUGGCAGAAUCACUAGGGUAAAUGAUGAGCAUCAAAAUAUGGGUAUGGGUCAUUUCAUGAUACAACCUCGAGGAAUGCAUGUAAUGUCAUCACGGUCAACUGAUUGGAGUGGCCCAGAUGCUAGAAGCAGUGCUGAUAUUGAAUUGACAGGAAGAACAGAUGGUGGAGCAUGCCAAUCUCCAGAAGAUGGAGAUGAUGAACAAAUUGGAGAAUAAAAAUUCAUUUGUUGUCAUGGAGGUAAUGAUUGGAUGGUAGUUUCAUCGGAGAAGGUAGCAGUUCAGGUUGGGCCCUUGUGAGAGCAGUGGAUGUACAACCUUUUGUGUCAUUCUAAGAGGGCGACAACACUCGUGUACAGGAUACCGGCAGUCUUCUCUUUCUUCUCAAUAUGAUCGUUUUAUUGCUUCACGUAUGGGUAGUGUUGCCUUCAGAAUUCCCAUUCUGAAAUGAAAUCUGAUGUAGCUUGUGCAUUCUGUGUCCCGGGUUCUUAUUAGGUGGAUGUGCAUUGUCGCCUUCUUUUAUUAGACCUCAUGCUCAUGGUAUUCUUAUUUAGUCCAGCAUCCAAUCUACAAGUUUAUUACAGUUUAUAAAGAUAAAUGUGGUCGCAGCAUUCCAAGUUUCCUGUAUAUUGAAUGGGUGAGUCCUCAGUGCGUGCUUGUUUUCUAGUUUGACAA